AUGGUAAGUAAAUUGGAAAUAUUACCAAAUGAAAUAUUGCUCAAUAUAUUUGGUUACUUAUCAUGGAAUAAAAUCUUAAUAUCAUUAUGGUCAUUAAAUACACGUAUUAAUUCUCUUAUUUAUUUAAUAUUUUCAAAAGAUAAAAAUGGAAUUAUUCUUAAUGAAACAGAUUUAUCUUAUAAAACAUUUUCUGAAAUAUUAUUACCAUUAAUUUAUAAUUCAUCAUUAAUUUCAUCUGCUAUUAAACAUAUUUGUUUUGAUGGAAUUAAUUCAAAUUCUUAUAAUCUUAUUGAUCAAUCUUUUUUUUAUAAUAAUAAUAAUAUUCCUUAUUUUCCUAAUUUAAAAUCAAUUAAGAUAAAUCAAUGUUUAUUAUCUCAAUCAUUAAUUAAAACAUUAUCUUUACUUAUUCAAUAUCAAUUAGAUCAACUUACACUAUCAAUAGAUGAAAAUACGAUAAAAUCUAUUCGAGAUCCAGAAGAUCCACGGAGAAUUAUUCGUCAUACAAGGAAAUCAAUAAUUAUGUUUAAACAGCUCAUACGUCAAUUAUUUUCUGACCGAUGUCAAUUAAUGUUUGUUCGACUUGAUGUUGCCGAUGAUGAUCCUCCUAUCAAUAUUCAUCAAUGUUUAGUAUUAUCAUCUCAUCCUUCUACAAAGUUAAUUUCGAAUAAGAUUGAAUAUGGUUGUUUGACACUUCGUCAUCUAUAUAUUCGUAUUAAAUACACAUGUUUUCUUGAACAUCUUAUUGAAUAUAUACCCAAUAUUGAACGAUUGUCAGUUAUUUUUAAACAAUCAAUGGAUAUGGAACCUCGAUCUAAGUCAGAUAUGGAAAUAUUAAUAAAAUCAAAUGGAAAUUGGUUUGAGAAGGUACCAAAAUUGAAUUAUUUUACUUUAAAGACUUUAAUUAAUAAUGAUUUUCAAUUAGCCUAUUUGAAAUGGAUUCUUAAUAAUUUGAAUCAUAUUCAAAAAUUGAAACUUCAUCUUCAAAUUAAUAGAAUGGAUUUGAUUUCAGAUUCAAUCAUUCAAAUAUAUGUUGUUGAUGCAAAUUUUAUUCGUCAAUAUUGUUUACCUGAUGUAAUAAUUAAUAUAAAAUAUUUUCAAUUUCAUAUAAUUUCCCAUUGUCAAUUAUUAUCGUAUAAUAUUGAAAAAAUAAUAAAAUCGUUUAAAAUUGAUGAAUUUUUUAUUUCACGUCAAUUGACAAAUGUAACUUGUUUCCUUGAUCCAUUUAUGUCAUGUCAAUAUCUCUCUUCUUCUAUUGUUAAUAUACCUCAAUGGAUAAAUGGUUUAGUUUUUCAUCCAAGUAUUUUGACUUGGCCACAUAUUCAGUAUGUUUCGAUUAAUUUACAUCCAUCUGUUUAUUUAUUUCUUGAACGAUUCAAUGAAAUAUAUCCUAAUAUUUCUCAUAUUAAAGUUUAUACAGGAUCUUAUGCAGAUGUUAAUGAGCCUGGCGUGCGUCUGUCAUUAAGAUUACCAUUCAAAAUAGGACAACGUAAAGUAGCUGAUAUUCAAUUUCGAAAUGUGACAAGACUUGAUUUGGGAUUUAUUAUUAAUUGUGACAUUGGUAGGUAUUGAUUUACUUUUUUUUUUGUUUUGAAUUAAAUAAGAAUACAAUUAAUAUUUAUCUUUUACUUUGAUCAAUAUAAACAAAUAUAUAAAUAUAAAGUAUUUGAGACAAUGCAUAUUUACCAACUUAAAACUUUUUUUAAAGAAUAAUAACUGAUGCACAAGUUCCCGUAUGAAUGUCUUUCUCUUAUUCUUUUGAGAAAAUAGGUUUCAGAAAAAUGAAAAAUGACUAACUUCUUCCAUAAAAUAUAGAUCCGUCCUAGUGGCGCAGCCAGGAUUUUGAGCUAGGUGGGGGGGGGGGGGGGCUCAGCCCUUCUGAGGGACCUUUGAGCCCCGGUUGGCAAAUAAAAUGCAUGGUUUAAAAAUUUUCCUGGGAGUGGUUCAAAGAUUUCUGGGGGAGGUGAGUCCACCCCUGGCUCCGCCACUAAUCCGUCCUGUAAUAGAAGUCUAUUUCGAAAGUUGUGAUUUUCUAAAUAUUUAGUUCUAGUUUUCUUUACAUUCUUGAAAUUGAUCCUACUCUAGAUUUUCUAUUGACAAAUAAAAAACUUUUUUCCUUAGCUAAAAUAUGUCUGCGUUUAUGUAUUAAUAAGAUCUAACUGACCUAGAACUAUGAAAUAGAAAUUUGACAUGUAUUUAUAAUAUUCUGUACGAUAUCUUGUGGGUAUGGAAUCAUGCAUAGUUAAAAAAAGAAAUGAAAUCAUGAAAAACUUUGUUAGUUUAAAUAGAAAUAUGCGCAAAUCUUUCUCUGAAAGAUAAAACAUCUCACAAAAUUAAAAAUAAUCGGUUAUGAUUUAUAUGAUCGUUUUAAUAUUGGAUAUUAUACCAUUCAUUAGCUAGAAAUUAUUUUUCACACGAAACUAUAAUUUUCUUAUUGUGUUAUCAAUGACUUAUGUAUGUUAUAUAAUUAUCUGUCAAAACGAUUAAGAGAGGAUCCACGAUAGCACCGACC